AUAAUUGCUGUGCUUCUGUUAUUAACUGUAAAUGUGAUGUUUACAGGCUGUGAGCUGGUGAAGGCAGGGUUAGAGGCGGUGACUGGGUUCACAGGAGAGUCUGUAGUUCUGCCCUGCGUCUGCACUGACCUACAGGACAAACCAAAGUCUGUAAAAUGGGCGUUUAGAAGAGAAUCUGGAACAAAUUAUCAGAAAAUUUACCCUGAACAGACUGGACAUCACAGGAACAGAGUCAAACUGGUCAGUAAAAACCCUCCAGGAAACCUCUCUCUACUCAUAUCAGACCUGACUGAAGAGGAUCAGGGAGAGUACAGAUGUUCUGCACAGGCUGAUUACAAAUAUUUCAGACUAUCUGUUAAAGCCAAAAGAAGAGAAACUUCAACACACUCAAGGAAAACAGACACAACACCUCCAUCAGAACCAACAACACUGGAACAAGAUAAACAGCAAACACACAGCAGCCUCCCUAUAGUUUUUGGCAUUCUGGCGGUUUUAUUGUUGGUGAUACCUGGUGUAGUGACAUUUAUUUGUUGGAGACAUAGAGGUACAUGCGCGCGAGGAAGAUGUGGAGAGAACAGGAUGACUGAAGAACGUCCAGACUGGAAGAGAAAGCAGGAGGAUCAGACUGGACCAGAUGAUACUUACUCCACUGUAACCUACAUUAACACCUGGAGCAGCAAAGGUUCAGAUCAACGCUGGAGAGGAAACUGA